CUGACAGUAUUGGCGAGAUUAGUUUUAAACAGUAAAAGAUCCGUCAUGAAUUUUGUUCUCCUCAGAUCGGGAUCGGUUCCAGUUCGUUCACCGGCGCUUCCCGGAUCUCCGAAGGUACAUCUUUCCCGUCACGAUACUGGAGUUUUCUCCGGCGAGAGAAACUCUGGUUCUUCAAAAAACUCGCUCCAUCUAGAAACGAAUGGCCGAAAGGAUCGCGUGCUUAUAAGGCGAGCGAUGUCGGAGGAGACCGAUGUCUUCCAACCUGAGAGUACCGGAAGAUCUCGAUGUUCCAAAUCAGCAAUACCAGAGGAAGAACACGUGGCCGAUGUUGAGGUGGACGACUUUCUGUCACUCAAGAGAAAGGCCGGUGAUUGGCCAAGUUACGCGCCAAUUCGGCCGGAUAACCGGAUUCCAAUUGAGGAGUUUGGAUUUUCCGGAAACGGAAUUGGAAGAUCUGGCAACGAUCAAGGGAAACCAGGCGACGGUUGCGGGGACGGUAGAUUUGGUGAUAGGAGCAAAAUCGGCAACUAUUACAGAGAAAUGUUGAAGCUAAAUCCCGGCGAUUCGCUUCUGUUGAGAAACUAUGGAAAGUACUUGCAUGAGGUAGAGAAUAACGUAGAGAAAGCAGAGGAGUACUACGGUAGAGCGAUUUUGGCAAGUCCCGGUGACGGAGAGGUGUUGUCUCUGUACGGGAAGCUGAUUUGGGAAACACAGAAAGACGAAGACAGAGCCAAGGCUUACUUUGAUCGAGCUGUUUUUGCCUCCCCUGAUGACUGCAUGGUGCUUGGAUCGUAUGCACACUUCAUGUGGGAAGCAGAGGAAGAGGAAGAAGAAGAAGAAGAAGCAGAGGUUUCACAAACCAAGGUUGCAGCUUUUUAGCAAAAAUCGAAAACCUUUUUUAAUAUUCAAUAAAUCGCCAUUACUGUAUAAAUACUAAUUAAUGGCAGCCGAUCAACUUCAAUAACAAGUAAAAUUAAGUCAUGUACAGUAACUAUCAAGUUUUUGUGAUGCUACCAUAACCAUAUAGUGAUUGUGCUUUGUAACCUUGUCUAUUAUGUUAAUCAAUUUUCAGUUUUGUUAUUGAGCUAUGUAACGGCAUUAACCUUUAUAU